GUAGACAGAGUUUAUGAUAUGCUUGUGAAGAAGGGGAUUGCUCAGCUUUAAGGCUUGUCUUGUAUAAUGUAUGUGUGAGCUCUAUUGAUUUAUGUGUAAUAAUAUGUAGUUUAUAAUAAAAUAAAAAAAUGAUUUAUCCGCAAAGAUAAGGUACAGGAGAGCCACACAGUCUUAAGUAUAUAAAGAUAGAAUCAGACUAACUACAAGGAAGAAGUGAGAUGACUAUGAUGAUGAUGAUGUCUCUCCCCAAAAUGAAAGUAUCUUCUCUGCAACCUCAUCUCCAUCUGAGCAGUAGCAGAUUAUUACCAGCAGCUAAGGUGUCUCCGAGCUCAAGCAUAAGCACCAGGCCAUCAUGCCGCGUUCAGUGCAGAAGAUUAACGGUGGAAAGUAACAGAACCAAGCUUGAAAAGACACAAACUUUGGGUUUGGAGAAGAAGCAACUGAGACAAGCUUUGGUGACUGGUGUCUCGGUAGGGUUGAUGGUGGCUUUGGUGAUGGGAAUGGACGGAGAAAAGGCGUUGGCUUUGGGACCAGAAGGUCCUUUGAUGGAAGAGUUUUGGGACAACGUGAGAAGGUACGGUCUUUACGCUCUCACCGUCAGCACAGGAGCUCUCUCUGCUGUCUUUGAGCCCAUUUUCGAACUCCUCAAGAACCCAAUCUCCGCCGUUCUCAUUGUGAUCAUCUUAGGUGGAAGCUUCUAUAUCGUCUCGCAAGUGGUCUCGGCUAUGGUUGGUGUCAACGAGUUCGCUUAUGAUUAUGGAUACUAGAGAGUUUGUUCUGUUUCAUUAGUAAUACUCUGUUAUGGUCAUUGAUACUCUGUUUCUGCAUAGUCUUAUAAUCUAUUUGAUUUUGUUACACAAUCAA